GUAUACGUAGUCUAGCUCAGUUUUCUUUGUCUGUCUUGCGCCUUCCGUUCUCUCUUUUCUCCAGCGACCAUCCACGAAAUGUUGGACGGCACGCACAAGCGAUCCGACAGCUGAAAGAGAUACACGUCGCUUUCAUCGGAGUGCGGUCCCAAGCUGAUUGGCGUGUUUGCUCUGCUACAAGUGUUUAAAUUCAACCCACGUGAACUAUAAUCGGAUCCCAUAUCAUUUGUUUGUUUGUUUUUAAGUGUCGAAAGGAAAAUGAUGGCGGAAUCGUCACCUACAGUUGACGAGAGUGUCGUUCAUCCAAUAGAAUCCGGUGGUGAAACGGCCGUUUAUGUUCGCAAUGCUUGCAAAAGCUUUGGCGUCGGCAAGCGUCGCGCGACAGUUUUGCGGAACCUGGAUAUGAAUGUCAAGAAAGGAACUAUAUACGGAUUGCUGGGAGCCAGCGGUUGCGGUAAGACGACUCUACUCAGCUGCAUCGUUGGCCGGCGCAGUUUGGACUGCGGAGACGUGCUGGUCCUUGGCGGUGAGCCGGGCUCGCCCGACAGCGGAAUUCCCGGUCCACGGGUCGGUUACAUGCCACAAGAAUUAGCUCUGUACGGCGAUUUUACCAUCAAAGAAACGCUAGAAUAUUUUGGCCGCAUUUACAAUCUGACUCCUGAAUUCGUCAAAUCUCAAAUGGAGUUUAUCUUUAAAUUACUGGAUUUACCCCCUGGCCAUCGUUAUGUCAAGACCCUGAGUGGUGGCCAGCAACGACGUGUUUCAUUCGCCGUGGCUUUGUUCCACGAACCGGAAUUGCUCAUCCUGGAUGAACCGACGGUCGGUGUUGAUCCUAUGCUCAGAAAAAGCAUUUGGAACCAUUUAGUUCGGUUGAGUACCGACCACGGCAGAACGGUCAUCAUCACUACACACUACAUUGAAGAAGCACGACAAGCUGGCACGAUUGGUCUCAUGAGAUCCGGUCAUCUACUAGCCGAAGAAUCACCGCAAAAUCUACUGGCUAAUCACGGACUCCGCACGCUGGAAGAAGUGUUUCUCAAAUUAAGCAGAACCGAGCGGGCGAAGAAACACGGUGCUCUGACAGCCUCCGGCCGCGCUGUUCGUCCGGCAGAUCCGUCACAACCAGAAGAUCGGGGUCAUGAUAAUCCAGCCUUCAUUUGUACGGCAGACAAUCCAGAUGCCACGAGUACGGCUACCCCAAAUAACAGGAUCAACAUUUCCGUCUCCGCCCCGAGUAACCAAUAUUGGAAGAAUUCCAAGUCCGUUAUUCCGCGAGCCAAUGAGGAUGGCAUCGUCGGUUUAACAUUCAGCCCGUCGCGUGAAAACCUGGAAGAGACGACGAGGAACAGACAUGCAGUUCGAAGAUUCAACGACUCAAAUGUCAACUCACCGACAGAAAAUUCCGGCGCUGCUCCGUUCGAUUCCGGAGAAGUUAUAAGUAGAGAUAAUGGAUUGAUGAAAACUGGUGACAGGUCAACUCCCAGCUGUAGUAGCGCCAGUAGCAGUUGCGGUAGCAGUACAGAGGUCAGCAGCCGGCCCAAAAAGAAGCGCGGAAGCCGAACUUUUACUUUAUCGAUGCCCUCAGCUCAUCGAACAGCGGCUCUCAUCCGCAAAAAUUUCUUGAUCACCCUACGCAAUAUUGGGAUGUUUGCCUUUGUAUUCCUCAUGCCUGGGUUACAGUCCACACUUUUCUGUUUGGCGAUUGGUCGUGAUCCGACUGGCCUUAAAAUGGCCGUCGUCAAUGAAGAACUAGACCCGAGUGUAGGCCGGGUCUGUAAUUACACUACUGAUUGCACCUAUUCCAUGUUUAGUUGUCGGUAUCUAAGAUUUUUAGAUAAUACAACAAUCGUACAGAUCCCGUAUCAAAGUCUGUCGGAUGCACUGGAUGCAACGUUACAAGGGACAGUGUGGGGAGUUAUUCAUUUCGGUCACAAUUUCACCGAGGAGCUGCUGGAACGGCAAAUUGACGGCAAUGCCGUCGAUAAAGAAACUAUUCAGGCUAGCCGAAUUGGCAUAACUCUUGAUUGGUCGAAUGAACAAAUUGCCUUGACUCUGCAACAUCGUCUCGUUGGUGGUUUCAACGAUUUUAACCGCAAUCUAGUGACAGCUUGUGACUAUCAGCCAGUCAUUCCCAGCAUUCCUGUAGAGUUUAUGGACCCCGUCUAUGGGAAAAAGAACCCUUCCUUUACGGAUUUUAUGGCGCCAGGCAUUAUUCUGACCAUUGCCUAUACUCAAGCAGUGUCCUUAACGGCGGCUGUGUUUAUUAAUGAACGAAAACAAGGUCUUCUAGAUCGCAGUUUAGUAGCUGGCGUCCGCACUUCCGAAAUUUUACUGGCUCACCUGGUUACUCAAUUUACUGUACUAGUGUUCCAGUCGUCAGUCGUUCUUAUGGUUAUGUUGCUGGUCUUUAAAAUUACUUGCCAAGGUAGUUUAGCACUUGCAAUGUUCAUCGUUCUACUGCAAGGGCUAUGCGGCAUGUUUUACGGUUUCGUAGUUUCGAGUCUCUGUGACCAACAAACUAGCGCCUUACAGCUAUCACUCGGAAGUUUCUUCCCAAACAUGUUGCUAAGUGGUGUCCUAUGGCCUAUGGAGGGCAUGUCUAUCUACUUGCGCUACCUUUCCUACUUUAUUCCUCUUACUCACGCGAUUGAAGCACUCAGGUGCAUUUUUGCACGCGGAUGGGGCAUCGACAAGCCAGAGGUCUAUUAUGGCAUUGUGGUGAAUUUCGGUUGGAUUGUGGUUCUCCUUUUGGUGUGCCUAACUGUCAUUCGCGUGCGAAAGUACACGGGCUAAUUGACGGCGGACAACUGCCGAUGAGGUUCCUUCAAUUCGUCUGUGUUUCUUCCCAUAUAAUAAUAAGUGGCACUGGGUUUUACGAGACUUGUUGUUUGUAACAUUCCCCUUGCCGGCCCUAAAAAUUGAUGCUGGAUGCUCUCGCAAUCUGUUAUACAUACUGCUGGGUAUAGCGAUAAUUAAUAUUAUGCUCAAAACCAUCGAUCAAUCACGGAAACGGUAUUUUGACUAUUUUCCCCAUUGUUCAGUUAUUAAUCUAAUGCCAAUCUUUUUUAAGAAAUAAAGUUUUAUCAAGAAAUACAAUAGACUGUGUAACAUU